AUGUCUAUGACGUAUGAAGACCUCCAGUCCUUGGAGAGUGAGAAGAAAAGCCAAGGUUUUAGAAACAGGCUGCCUCCUCUCCCAGCCUUCCUGCAGCAUCUCUGCUCUGGACCCUGCCCCCUUCUGCUCACUCUGGGACUCAUCCUUCUCCUGAUGAUUGGCAUCAUUGUCAUUGGGUCCAAAAGUGCCAGGAUGCAGAGUGAUGUGGAGACCCUGAGAGCAUCUUUCAGCAACUUUACUUCCAACACAGAGGCUCAGGUCCAGGCACUGCACUCCCAGGGUGGCAGUUUGCAAGCAACAAUAACAUCUCUGAAAGCUGUGGUGGAAAACCAGGAGCAGGAACUGCAGGCAGGUUAUUCUGUAAUGCUCUUGAGAGUCCAGAAGUUCGUUCAUACCCUGCACUGUCAGGUGGCUGCGCUCCAGAGCAAUGACUCUCAAGAUGUCUGCUGCCCCAUUGGCUGGCUGGAGCAUGACGCCAGCUGCUACUGGUUUUCUCCCUUUCGAUUGUCCUGGUCCGAGGCUCAGUGGUCCUGCCAGCUGCAGAAUGCCCACCUGGUGGUUGUGGGCUCCCAGAAUGAGCAGAAGUUUCUUGAGCAACACAUGUACCCUGUGGACACCUGGAUUGGUCUUACUGACCAACAUGGUCCCUGGACAUGGGUGGACGGGACAGACUAUAAGACCGGCUUCCAGAACUGGAGUCCAGGGCAACCAGAUAAUUGGUACUACCAUGGGCAAGAGGACUGUGCCCACCUCAGAACUGAUGGCCAGUGGAAUGAUAACGUGUGCAUGACACCCUUCUGCUGGGUCUGCGAGACAGAGCUGAACAGAACCAGUUCCUAG